AAAAAUGAAGUUCAUUUUGAAAGCUCAGAUGUGCACUUUAAACAAAUAAAAGACUUCUAACCAAGCCCCAAAGUUUUAUGAGAAUACCGUCAGCUACCUACUCCAGCUUGCUCCUGUUUGUGUAAAGGUUCUUUUCAUAUGCAAAAGAAGGGCGAGUGUCUUAUUUCCCACUUGCAGUGGGCUUUCCAGCUACCUUUUCAACAGAGCUAAUCUGAGAGCUUCUAAGUGGCGACAGACAAGGUUGCAGAAAAACUGAGCUCGACUCUCUCAUGGGUGAAGAACACAGUGUCACAUACUGUCAGUCAAAUGGCAAGUCAGGUGGGGAGUCCAUCAGCCUCCUUACACACUACAUCCUCGUCCACAACAUUAUCCACUCCUGCACUUUCCCCGUCUUCUCCAGUACAGCUAAGUCCAGAUGAACUUGAACUCCUGGCAAAGUUAGAAGAACAAAAUCGGUUGUUAGAGAUAGACAGUAAAUCCCUAAAAUCUGUGAAUGGGUCCAGAAGAAACAGCGGUUCGUCGCUGGUCUCCAGCUCCUCGGCAUCUAGUAAUCUCAGUCACCAUCAAGAAGAAGACACCUGGUUACUGUGGGGUCGGAUUGUUAAUGAGUGGGAGGAAGUGUACAAGAAGAAAGAAAAGCAAAUCAAGGAACUUGUCAGAAAAGGGAUCCCUCAUCACUUCAGAGCGAUAGUGUGGCAGUUACUGUGUAAUGCACAAAAUAUGGCAAUCAAAGAUCAGUAUUCAGAUCUCUUAAAAAUGACCUCCCCGUGUGAAAAACUAAUCAGAAGAGAUAUUGCACGGACGUAUCCAGAGCACGACUUUUUUAAAGAGAAAGACAGUUUGGGGCAAGAAGUUUUAUUCAAUGUCAUGAAGGCCUAUUCCUUAGUGGAUCGGGAAGUGGGUUAUUGCCAAGGAAGCGCAUUUAUUGUUGGUUUAUUACUUAUGCAGAUGCCGGAGGAGGAAGCUUUUUGUGUGUUUGUGAAACUAAUGCAGGACUACAGACUUCGGGAACUUUUCAAACCCAGUAUGGCUGAACUAGGCCUUUGUAUGUAUCAGUUUGAAUGUAUGAUCCAGGAGCAGUUACCGGAGCUGUAUGUUCACUUCCAGGCACAGAGUUUCCAUACGUCUAUGUAUGCAUCGUCUUGGUUCUUGACUAUAUUCCUUACUAGCUUUCCACUUCCAAUUGCAACACGGCUAUUUGACAUCUUUAUGUCUGAGGGUUUGGAGAUUGUAUUUCGAGCUGGCCUUGCAGUCCUUCAAAUGAAUCAGGCAGAGCUAAUGCAAUUGGAUAUGGAAGGGAUGUUACAGCACUUUCAAAAAGUUGUCCCACGUCAGUUCGAUGGAGGCCCAGACAAAUUAAUCCAAGCGGCUUACCAAGUCAAGUAUAAUGCAAAAAAGAUGAAAAAGUUAGAGAAGGAGUACACUACUAUAAAAACAAAGGAAAUGGAAGAGCAAGUUGAGAUCAAAAGAUUACGCACCGAAAACAGACUAUUGAAACAGCGCAUCGAAACCCUGGAGAAAGAAAGUGCAUCCUUGGCAGAUAGAUUGAUACAGGGACAAGUGACAAGGGCCCAGGAAGCCGAGGAAAACUACCUCAUAAAGCGGGAGCUGGUCACUGUCAAACAGCAGAGCGAUGAGGCCAGUUGUAAGCUGGAGCAGGCUCAACAAACCAUCAGCGAGCUCCAGAAUCACAAGGCAUUGCAUAAGUGUAACCCGCGCUACAGUGAGGAAUUUGUGCUGCAGUUGGAGAAAGAAUUGGUUCAUGCGAGACUUAAGGAAGCCGAAUCGCACUGUGCAAUGAAAGAGAUGCAGGACAAGAUACUGGAAAUCGAGAAGAGGAACAGCUCGCUGCCUGAUGAGAACAACGUCGCCCGGCUGCAGGAGGAACUCAUCGCUGUAAAGUUAAGAGAAGCCGAAGCUCUGAUGGCCCUUAAAGAACUGAAGCAAAAGAUAAAGGAUUUAGAGGAGCAUUGGCAGCGUCAUCUAUCACGCACUACUGGGCGGUGGAAGGACCCCCCAAAGAAAAACACUGUAAAUGAGCUGCAGGAUGAGUUAAUGACAGUGCGAUUAAGAGAAGCAGAAAGACACGCAGACUUACGCGAGAUGAAGCAGCGAAUGAUGGAAAUGGAAACUCAGAACCAGAUCAACAGUAACCAACUCCGUAGGGCGGAGCAAGAGGUCAUCAGCUUGCAAGGGAAGGUGCAUUAUCUGUCAACCCAGAACAAAAGCCUGCAAACCCAGCUGUCUGAAACAAAGCGGAAACAAGCUGAAAUUGAAUGCAAGAACAAGGAAGAAGUAAUGGCGGUGCGGCUUCGGGAAGCAGACAGUAUAGCAGCAGUAGCAGAACUACAGCAGCAUAUAGCAGAAUUGGUGAUUCAGAAAGAAGAGGGUAAAAUUCAAGGUCAGCUUAACAACUCGGACUCCAGCCAGUAUAUCAGAGAAUUAAAAGAUCAGAUUGUAGAACUGAAACAUGAGAUAAGGUGCCUAAAAAGUCAGAAGGGAUUCCGCGACCAACCCACUUUUGAUGGGAUCCACAUUAUUAACCACAUAACCGUAGAUGAUGAAUCUGUUCAUUCCUCUGAUGAAGACUUUGGUGCAGGAUCAAUUCGGGAGAAUGAGAUUCAUUUUCAUUUGCACAAACGACCUGAUAAAAUGGCAUUGGGCUUAGCUGUGUUGGACAGCAGUGACAGUGAUACCGAGUGCCUGUCUGGUACAGAUACCAACGGAGUUGUUCCAAAACAGAUUUCAAAAAGAACAGAGUCUUAUUCCACUACUGUUUGAUCUCCACUGUGUCUCUACAAUCAAUCUCCUUUGAUUUACUUUGUUAUGGCUAUAAGUUAUGUACAGGAACUAUAGGUAGUGUUUCUACCAGGCUGACCCAGCAUGUAGAUAACCUAACCUGCCUUCACAUUUUGCCAAAUUUUCACUAUUGCCAUACAAUGAUCUUGAUGGACUUCCACUGGUUACAACAGUAUUAUCAGACACUGUUUUCUUUCUUCUUUUUUAUGUUUCUAGUUUUAGAUUAAAAAAAAAAGUGUAAGUUAUUUGUUUAGCACGUUAAAGAGGGACAAUUCAAUGUGCAGUUUAUCACACUAAUCAAUCUAAUUUUGAUGUUCUAAAAAAAAACUGUGCAAUAUUUUAUGCCUGUUGAACAAAAUUUCUGCUUUAUUUUUUAUAUGUCUGGUACUUUAUCAAGUUGGGUGUCUCCAAGGUACUUGAUCAGUUAACUGUUUAAUUAAACCUUAAAGUAAAAAAACGUAAUCCAUGUUUUAUCUCCAUGAUAAAAAUGUAAAAUUCAAAGACGAAUCCAGCACUAUGCCUUUGCAAGUACCCCACCAGGGAUCGAGAACACAUUGAUGCAAUGUUUCGGGCUACAUACUCAGCCCUUAAUCAUGCAUGGUGCUGGAUUCUUCUUUUGAAGUUUGUAUCUACUUUGGGGUUACAGAGACCUGUGAAUACCUUGCAUACCCUAAAAGGGAUUUUGAAAGGUUGGUGCCGUUACUUUUUCUAUACGUGUAUCACGAUAAAAAUUGUAACCUUCUAAAAACAAAAGUAAAGCGGCAGUACUAUACAAAAUAUAAAAAUCUUGUUGCUUAUGGGGUGGUCAUCAAUAGGAUUGUGGGAUAUAUUGUUAUCUUUUCAUAUGAAAAUGGGAAAUUAUAGACUUGGCAUAUUUAGCUUCACUUCUUUAAUAUGUCCCUUAUGAAUGAUGACAAAAUAAAAUAGUUGAUGUAUUGUGGGUAGUUUCCAGGUUUAUGAACCUACCUCUUGCACUUUGUCAUUUUAAUUAAUUGAGAUUGUGUUAAAAUGAAAUUGUUGGUUAAGCUGCACAAUCGUUAAAGGGCCCAUGACAGUUUUUUUUAACAUUGACCAAGUUUUUGAACCAAGGUGAAAACUGAGCUGAGAUACAUUAAGGAGUUGACUAUAUUUGUAGGACCACUUGUAUUCACUACUGCGGACAAUUGAGAUUUACGCGUUUCAUCACUCGACUCCAAAGGUUUAGCUAUGAAGAGACACCUGGAUCUAGCAACCAGCUCCACCAGCUGGUAAUCCUUUCAAGAUUCAAGCAUUUGAUACUGUGCCAGUACUGCUGCUUUUAUGUCCCACUAACUCACUAUAUAAUUAAUACUUUUUUUUUUUUUUUUUUUUUUUAAAAAGGCGUCAGAUUUAUUUAAAGAUCAUCGUGACAGUGGCAGCCAAAUGUGUCUGCUAAAGGAGACCAAAUUUUCUCAGUGAUCUUUGAGUGCCUGCUUUGUGUUUUAAUUAUUAUUUUUUUAAUGUUACAAACUAAGGUCAAUUAGUAUGUUAUAUAUACUUUGUUUAUUUUGUACAUAAAUAUACAUAUAUUUCUUGCAACAGGUGUACAUUACACAUUUGUCAUUUUAUAUUGGAAAUGUAAAUGUUUAAAUAUAACAGUCGUUUCUGCGUCCUAUGGGGGGGAGAUUUAUUUGUGUAUAUAAGUUGCCAAUGGGUUACUGACUGUAAAACAAAACACUAACUGUAUGUGUGAAAUGGUUAAAAAGAACACGCUUUGCAUUUCACAUUAGUAACUCAUUCCAUAACAAAUGCUUGUUAAGAACACUAUUGAUGGAAAUCUUUUAACAUUAUAAAUAUAUGUAACUAAAAUAAAUUUUUUCAUGAUUUAAAGUAA